AUGCGAUAUUGGAACUGGGCCAGAUUCACGGAGCACGGCGGCGUGGGAGGGACCAGGGCGCAGGAAGAAGAAGGAAGCACAGUCGGCGACCAGCAGCAGCCAAAGCGUAAUUCGCCAUCGCGCGAAUCUCUAGGCAUGACGAUGACCAAGAUGGGCGGGGGACGCCGUCGCAUGAAGCAGAUGCAGGGGCUGUUGUUGCUCUCGAGACUCGACGAGUCGCCGACGCGGCGACACCAAGCGGGCAAGAUUAAGCCGCAACGCGUGACGGUAGAGCUGCAGCCGCAGAUGCUGGAGCUCGCGUACUCAUCUCUUGCGGAUCAGGACAUGCUGCGCCCGCUUGGGCGCAUCGACCUCCGUGACGCCAAACUAGAGCAGGUCCCAGACGGAUUCAUCAUCUACGAGGCUGGUAACGGGCUCCGCAAGAAAUGCAAGCUGCAGGAUAAGGACAAGGCCACCACAGACGCCUGGUUCUUUGCAGUUUACACGGCCAUCACAGAAUACGAACGUCUCCCAAUCAGCGCCAGCGAGGAUGUCGGUCACAAGUUCUCGGCCGUGCUCACCUCCAGCAUCCGCGACGAGCACACGGAGUCAGUGGAGUUUGAAUUGUCGUGUCAGUUGGUGCUACCUGCACGUCCCAUCGACAAGCCCAGCAUCAAGUGGAAGGUUUGGAAGACUUUUGCGGAGCUUCAGGCAUUUGACGAUGAGCUGCGAGUCUCGUUUGGCGCACAUAUGACGCAGAUUGUGUUCCCAAGAGACCGCAAGCGCGAUUCACUCUUCGGUGGUAUGCGCAAGAAGUCGUUACAGGAGCUGAAGGAGCAGCAGCUUGCUCUCUAUGUGGAACAGGUAUUUCAAAUGCCUGAAAAUUCCACAGAACCUGUGCUGGUCGGUAAAGUGAAGCAGUUCCUCGGUUUCGACUCCUUUUUCGAAAUUGUCGCAUCCCCAUCGGGCGAGAACGGUGACAAUAACAACGAAUUGUUGGAGGCGCCCGCCAGUGCUGAUCCGAUACCUGAUUCCCAAGUUUCAAAGUUUGCUGAGACUGAAGAAAUCGAUGAAAUGCUGGAAUCGCCACUAUCUAGUGAGCCACAGAGUGUCGGACAGUCUCCAGUUGAGCCACUGAGCAACGAGUUCAAUACACCUUCCUCCCUGUACUUUAGCACGGAAUCCGCCCGUGCGUUGCCGGGUUUACUGAGAAGAACGAGCUCAGCAGCGAUAGAGGACGAGGGUGAGGAGUUUGUGGAAAUCGUUCCAGAAACUGAUCCGAAGGCGGCAAAGAAGCUUCACAAGAAGAUCAUCCAGACCGUCCGCGAGCUUGUCUCUUACGAUGAAGAACGUGUUCAAGAUUUCCAGGACCAGACAAAAGAUUUUGGACGAGAGAAAACGUCUGCUAUGGAAUAUUGCGCCUUCCUCCUUGGUGCAGUAGGCGCUCAGGAGUGCUGUAAACUCAUCCCGGAAAUGGCAAGGCUGCUUCCCGAUGAGGUGAAGAGAGAGCAACUAAUGCAGGCUCGAGCCGCUAUCUGGCGACGAACUCACAGGCGCCACCGCAGGCGUUCAAAGCAGUUUUCAGAAAGCGUCGUGCUGCAAAAGCAAAAGGAAGAGCAGCAACAGGCUGACACCGUGCACAGCAGAAUGCGUCCAAAGUCAGACAGCCUCAGUGUGUUGACGGAGCGUGUUCAGCCUCUUCCGCUACUGGGGCGAAAUUCGAUGGUUGAAAGACCUAUGCCAGCAAUUGACGCCGAACCUGAUAACCAGCCAGACAACAGCCCGCCUGCAGUUCCUGCGCAUCGUGCUGGGCUGGCUGAUCCGCGACGUCAUCUCAACCGCCGUGCUUCGUUCAACACUAUGUUCGGCGAGACAUUGCCUAUUAAAGAGGAAAAUCCAGCGGAAAAUGAGUCUGAUGACGACAGCGACGACAGCCUACUGGAUCGACCUCGCACGAUGAGUAAAGAGACUCUGUCGACUGAUAGGAAGGCAGAAAACGCGAGGACUAGACCUACAGACCUCGAACGCCGUAACUCAUCUUUUCUCGGUGAAGAUGACGACGAUGAGAGCACUGACGAUGAUGAAAACCACCACAGUAACCGUUCUCGUCGAUCCCGCCACAGUCGCCACCGCCAGCAAAGUGGAAGUGGGAGUGGCAGUUUGGAGAAACUGAGAGUGAAAGAACGACCGUUAUCUCGCGGGGGCCUGACGAGGACGCUAUCUCGACAGAACUCCUCCUUUGUUGAGGAAAGUGAUGAGGAUCGCAGCGGUGGCGAAGGGGAAAAUAGCCACACGCGAUUUCGCAGGAGCCAACGCCGUGCGAGUCGUAAAUUUGACGAGGAAGCCAAAUCUGGAUCUGCACCCGAGGAAGAGAACCCCGUUCUGGCGCGUCUUAAGAAGCAAGGGGCUAUAAAUUUUAUGGCGCAGCUUCGCUAA